AUGUCGUUCGUGCCGAUCAUCUUUGGGAAAAAAGACUGGGACGCCAAAAGCCCGUUCGAGGAACAGUACCACGGCAUAUACUGCCCCAACUGCCACAACUUCCAAGUCCGGCCCGUCAAGCGAAGAGAGUUCAUAUCGUUCUGGUUCAUUCCUGUGCUGCCCAUCUUCUGGGGCAACCAGUUGCAGUGCCCCAUAUGCAACUGGCGCCAGGACUUCAAGACCGAGGACCAGUUGCGCAAGGUGAUGAACGAGCAGCUGCGAGUGAAGCAGUGA